AAAAAUAACGGGGCACACAAAGAGUUCAGGGUCGUUGGUGGUUUUGUUGUGAAUUCUGUCAAGGAAGUCAAAAGUAGACUAUUUGAAAGAUUAUCGAAGGUUUCAGAGAUCUUAAUAACAUCCAACAGUUAUGGCAGAUGAAGAGGCCGUGCCCGGUGCAGAGGGUCCUCUUGUCGCAGUGACUUUUCAGAAAACUCCUCACCAAAAACAGAAGUACCUGGAGUCUGAACCCAAAGCACUGGGGGUGACUCAGAUUGCCCUCAGUGUGUUCUAUAUCAGUUCUGUCAUUGUCAUUCUCACCAACAGCAUAAGCAUGGUGGUUGAAGAUUUAACAAAAAUCAUUGGAUCAGUGUUUGUGAUCAUAGCUGGUAGUUUGGCCAUAGCUGCACAGAAUCUCCAUCUUCCCACUCUGAAGGCCUGUCUGGGGAUGCAGGUAGUGGCCUGUGUAGCAUCAGUGAUCAACUUGAUUGUCUCUGUGUCAGACAUGGCUGGACACGAAUAUGGUUAUAGCUGCUGGAAAUACGUUGAAAUCAACAGCACUGAUCACGAUGAUUCUUGCUAUUCAAUCACUGCUUCUACUGAACAUUACCUUGCUGAGUUGGUCCUGAUAAAUACUGCUCUCAUCGCUAUCUCUGUCACGCUCGCUGCCUACUGCUGCAAGGUGGUCAAUUGCUGCUCUCCAGGACAACGAAUGGUGAGUCAGUGUAGGAAUGGAACCUCUAAAAUCAGAAACGGACUGGCCAUAGAUGAAGAGGCUGUUCCCGACGUAGAGGGUCCACUUGUCGCAGUGACAUUUCAGAGGAAUCCUCACCAAAAACAGAAGUACUUGGAGUCUCAACCCAAAGCACUGGGGGUGACUCAGAUUGCCCUCAGUGUGUUCUAUAUCAGUUCUGUCAUUGUCAUUCUCACCAACGGCUUGAGCAUGGUGGUUCUAGACCCACCACAAAUCAUUGGAUCAGUGUUUGUGAUCAUAGCUGGUAGUUUGGCCAUAGCUGCACAGAAUCUCCAUCUUCCCACUCUGAAGGCCUGUCUGGGGAUGCAGGUGGUGGCCUGCGUAGCAUCAGUGUUCAACUUGAUCGUCUCUGUGGCAAGAAUGGAAGCACGCAGUUAUUUCUGUUGGAAAUACGGUGAAGGGAACCUCACUGAUUACGACAAGACUUGCAUUUUAUUUAAUAAUUCUGCUACACAUUACUUUGCUGAGUUGAUCCUGAUACAAACUGCUCUCAUCGCUAUCUCUGUCACGCUGGCUGCCUACUGCUGUAAGGUGGUCAACUGCUGCUCCCCGGGACCACGAAUGCCGGUGAUCACAGUCCAAGUCCCUCCUGCUCAGCAAUGAGGAGAGAUACCAUGUGAGGACCUAUCAAGACAAGCGAUCCAACCCCUUAAUC